GCUGCAGUAUGUUCACUUCAGUGAAGGCCUUCGAGGGGCAGCAGUACUCCACCCUGAAGAGGCAGUGCUUGCAGAGUGGCCUGCUCUUCGAGGAUCCCCGCUUCCCCGCCUUCGACGACUCGCUCUUCUACCAGGGCAACAGGAUCGGGCGUGUGGUCUGGAAGAGGCCUCGGGAGCUGUGUGAGGAUCCUCACCUGUUUGUGGAUGGCAUCAGCGCACACGAUUUACAUCAGGGCCAGCUGGGGAACUGCUGGUUUGUAGCGGCAUGCUCCAGCCUGGCCUCCAGAGAGGCUCUGUGGCAAAAAGUCAUUCCCGACUGGAAGGAGCAGGAGUGGGAUACGGAGAAGCCGGAAUCGUAUGCGGGGAUUUUCCACUUCCGCUUCUGGCGCUUUGGAGAGUGGGUGGACGUGGUGAUUGACGACCGGCUGCCCACGGUAGACAACCAGCUGGUGUACUGCCACUCCAACGACAGCAACGAGUUCUGGAGCGCCCUGGUGGAGAAGGCCUAUGCCAAGGUGUACGGCUGCUACGAGGCCUUGGACGGGGGAAACACGGCCGAUGCGCUGGUGGAUUUCACGGGUGGUGUUUCAGAGCCCGCGGACCUGCUGGAGGGUCAGAUGGCAACGGACGAGGUGGCCCGAAACCAGCUGUUUGAAAGAGUUCUCAAAGUCCACAACAGAGACGGUCUCAUCAGCUGCUCCAUCAGGGCGACCACGAUAGAGGACAUGGAGGCUCGGUUGGACUGCGGGCUGGUCAAAGGCCACGCCUACGCCGUGACAGACGUACGGAAAGUGCGGCUCGGUCACGGACUGCUGGCCUUCUUCAAGUCGGAGAAGCUGCACAUGAUCCGCAUGAGGAACCCCUGGGGGGAGAAGGAGUGGAGCGGCCCCUGGAGCGACAGUUCGGAGGAGUGGAACAAGGUGAGCAAGAGCGAGAGAGAAAAGCUCGGCGUCACCGUGCAGGACGACGGCGAGUUCUGGAUGACGUUCGACGACUUCUGCCAGUACUUCACCGACCUGAUCAUGUGCCGCCUCAUCAACACUUCCUACCUGAGCAUCCAUAAAACCUGGGAGGAGGAGGUGAUGAGGGGCUCCUGGGUCCACCGCCAGGACCCCCUGCGCAACCGGUCCGGAGGCUGCAUCAAUCACAAGGCUACCUUCCUGCAGAACCCUCAGUACGUGUUCGAUGUGAAGAAGCUGGAGGACGAGGUGCUGAUCUGCUUACAGCAGAAAGAAAAGAGAGCCACGCCCAAAGAGGGCAAAGGGGAAAACCUCGCCAUCGGCUUUGAUAUUCACCGGGUGGAGCUAAACCGUAAGUACCGUAUGCACUCAGCCCAGCAGAAAGUAGCCGGCUCCAUCUACAUCAACUCGCGCUGCGUCUUCCUCAGGAAGGAGCUGCAGGAGGGCCGUUACGUCAUCAUUCCCACAACCUUUGACCCCGGGCAGCAGGGCGACUUCCUGCUCCGUGUCUUCACCGAUGUGCCUUCAGACUGCAAAGAGCUGACUCUGGACGACCCUCCUCAGACAUGCUGGACGGGGAUGUGUGGCUACCCUCAGCUGGUCACUCAGGUCCAUGUACUGAACGCUGAGGGUCUGCAGGGACAGGAAAACAAUGGAGCUGUAGAUCCGUACGUGAUCAUCACCUGUGAAGGAGAGAGAGUCCGUUCACCGGUUUAUAAGGACACCCGGUGCCCCAACUUUGACAUCAAAGGCCUGUUCUACCGCAAGAAACCCAAGGAAGGCAUCCACAUCGAGAUCUACAACAAGAACAUGAUCGUGGACACCUUCCUGGGUCAGGUGAUCCUGUUCAGCGACCCCAACGAGCGGCAGGAGCAGCACACGCUUCACCUCCGCGACAAGGGCAGCCGCCAGGACAACGACCUCCCGGGCACGCUCACUGUGCGCCUCAUCACCUCCACCGCGCUCACCAACAUCUGAUCGUCACGUGGCGUUCAAACGUGCUCGCAGUUAGCCGUUGAGCCUCUAACCACUGCGGGAGCUCACUGUGUCUUUUCUUCGGCCGUCUCUCAUCGUUUCCUUAUUUUCUUUUGCUUCAGCGUUUAAAUCCUGCAAAGUUACAAAGCUUCUUGGAGGCCUGUACAUAUAUUUAUGGAUGAAAAGUGUCCAUAGACAAUAUUUGGGGUUUGUAUUUAGACUCUCUUUACACAUUCCUCCCGUUAUUUAAUGUUUGCUUCAGAAUUGUAGGUUUCUUCGCAGGUUUUGUAGCCAGAACUGAGCUACAGUGUAAAUCAGUUUGUUCUAUUGAAACACACACUCAUACAUGCACACACAACCCACGUGCAGACAUGUCUGCGCUCUCCAUGCAUGUGCCAAUGUUUCCAAGGGCUAUGCAUUGCCUUAAGGUCGAGUCUCUCCACCUUGAGGAGGCGGGGAUAACGUUAAACACUUCUCCAUCAGCUGUCCUCAGAGUUAGCACAGCCUCCAUUUCUCUUCUGUUCCCUCAUAGUUUAACUUUCUAUCUCCUAUAUACUGACGUAAUAUAUACUCUUUUAUAUCUGUGGGUAAUCGUCCCGCCCCGUCGGCUCACCUCAAGUCUUCACCAGUUUGCCGGUGCUUUGGAGAGCAUGCAGUCACUUUUUAUUGUGGACUUUACAAAGGAAAGCCAACAGCAGCUAUUCUCUCGCUCUCUCCUGAGAGCUUCUCUGUGUUGUUCUGUGAGCGCGCUCAUGUGUGGAAUCUUGCCUCCCGUCUUCCAUCACUAGAACCAUUUCAGACUCCCGACACGCUUUCUGCCGGUUGCUAUGGAUGAUCUAAAAACUGCAUGGCUUAAAAACUCCUGUGCUGCACAUCUUGCCGGUCGUAGCUUAGCAGCCGGUGCUACUCCUCUUUAAACCCCCCCCCUCCAUGUGUACACCUUCCCAGUUCAGCGGAGUGCAAAGAUUCACCCUGACAUAAUCAAGUGCUUUAUGGGACCAAAGAUGAGCCUCCGCUCUCUUAGUCCCUUUCGGACCGCCCUGGCCCGGCCCGGCCCAGCCCGGCCCAAGCCUAGCUACAAACCACCACCCCCUGUGCCACACCAUCUCUUAACGGCAACACCACUGCCUGACGCUUCCGCUGACUUGAGUCUUUUGGCCCGGGCCAAAUACUCACGCCACGUGACCCUGAGAGACCGCAGCGGUGCUUCUGCUGUUGGCACACAGCAGGCGUGAGUGAGAGUGUGUGUGAGUGUGUGUGAGUGUGUGUGAGUGUGAGUGUGUGUGUGUGUGUGUGUGUGUGUGAGUGUGUGUGUGUGUGUGUGUGUGUGUGGGAAUGCUUGAGUGUGAAUCUGUUAAUCCACGUUGUACCUGGAAGAAAAGGAUUAAAGAGGAAAGGUGUGAACCGAAAUGAAAAGAGCCCUUUAGUGGAACACACACCUCGCACUUUAUUUCAUUUGAAGAGGGUAGAGAAAGAACAGACCUUCAUUGGAUGAAAGAAGGAGGAGGUGCGAGAAGGCUUCCUGCCAAACAACCUGUGCCAUCGCCUUGGUCCUGGCUUUGCCUCCGCAGCAGGAAAACAACACGGGACACGAGUCGAACUGUUUUCAGAAGGACUUCAGGCGGCUUUUGCAUUUUGAACCAACACUGGUACAACGUAAUGUAUCUCUAAUGAACUAUGGCGUCUUGAUCAUGUGGCCAUCAGCUCCUGAGCCUUUAGUGACAGAAGCCCAGGCACAAAGUCACGACGUGCGUUUGGUGUCAUCACUGCAGAGACUUUUCAUUCCAACUUUUGGGUUUGUAUUUGUGUUUUUAUUUUUUCAUAAUAAGUAUUCCAAAUGUAAGUUGAAGUCGUUAUCGAGACAUUUCCUUUGAAUGUAAGACAGUUCGUGGACUAAUCUCUCAAACUAUCAAAUUUCCUGAUUUGUUUCCAUAACUUGAACUCGUCACACGUGGAAUUUAAUUGAUCACACACCUUUUUUUAUAUAUAAAUGUGUCUUGCAUGGGUUCUUUUCCAAUAUCUCCAUGGCCUUGUAUUGUACUGUUCAAUUGUUACUAUAUAUAUUUAUUCUUUCUCUCUCAAAAGUCUUGGAAAUGCUAGUUUUGAGCAGCAUGUCUAACACUAAUGCACCUCUUGUCCGAUCAUAUCAACAGGUUUGAAACAUGUCUUGUAAUUCAGUGAUGCAUUCAUAAUGCUUCUGGCAUCGUGAACGUUAGCAGCAGUUGUUCUAUUUAGGUGCUAUUUAUCUUCUCUGUGCUCUUUAUGGUUUGGGACAGAACAUGAGCGUGAGGCGAGACGUGAGCCUGGAUAGUUAGUGGAUUUUAUUUAUGUAAAGAAAGACGCCCUUAUCCCCCCCCCCUCACCGUCGAAGUGUCCUUGUGCAAGGCACUGAUCUCCUGACUGCACCAUUGGAGCCUCGUAACGGCCAAAUAUUGUGCAGCUUCCACUAUUUGUGUGACUCUAAUCCCCCCCCCCCCGUGGUCGAAUCUGUGAGUAUGUUCAGAUUCAUCUCGCAGCGCCGGGUUAGUGUGAGAGACUGUUGGUUGACCUUUGACCCGGUUGACGGACGUGAGUCCAGGUUUGUGCAUCUUUUACACUUAACAAUCAAUUCACAGCGUUUUGAUUUAAACUAAAUAAAUGAACCGGGAAUCCUCAACGACUCUUUAAAUCACCCCCCCUCCCCCCCCUCACAAUAUAUUUAUUUAUUAUUCAUAGUUUUAAUGAGAAAAGGUUUCCUCUGGCGAUAAAGAUAUAAUGUUCCCUAAACAAAGAUGGCUCUUCGCUCUUCUAUCUUCUGUUAGAUGAACUGAAUGAUUCAUCUUGUUCAGCAGAAUGUUUCCUCGUGCAGAUGUUUCCUCGUGCAGAUGUUUAGAAGAGUCUUUGAGGAUUCUCACAAAGAUCCUCUGAUGUCCAGAAACAAAGCAGCACAGAGUUGUGCUGGCGACAGACAGUCGCACAUUUGAGCCCUGAUCCUGACACUUUGUCUUCAGCUGAUGCCGGUAUUUUACAUUUACAGGUGUUUCAGCAGAGACCAGCUGUGUAGCGACCGACACACAGCCAUACGGGAGCGUUGGGGCGUCAGAGUCAAUAUAACAGCGCGUCACGCUCAAUGUGAAACCGUAUCAAACAUGUGCCACAGCCGUGCCAAACACACCACCGGCCUACUGAGAAGGGAAGCUUUUGUAAUGUGACCUUCGACGUUUUCCUUUUUGUACUUCGUGUCCUUUUUAUGUUUCUUUGUCUUUGUCAUCGAAGCGAUCGCGUUGCUAUGGUUACUCAUUGUACUGUAGUAGUUGCACAUUGUGAUUCUUUGCCAAAAAAUGUUAUGGCUUUCACUGUUAACACACACACACACACACACACACACACACACACACACACUCCAGCUACUAGACUGACCAGGCUCGGUUGGAGUGUGCGGACCUGUACUGGUUGUUUGCUUUGGACGCGAACGUUCUUUACGUUUUCAAAGCAAGUUUUAAAGACUCAAAAGAACUUCUCACAGACGGUGGUGACUUCUUUUGUAAGGAAUCCCAAAAAUGCCAGUGCAUGUAGCAAAAAGAAUAUAUAUAUUUGUUGCAAAACAUAAUCCACUGUUGCUACUUUGAUAAACAUACUGUGUGAAAUAGAAAGCUUACGUUGCACACUUGCAUGCUUUGAAACAGUUUCUAAUAUUUUGUAUUCAGUAACAUGCAGAAUGCAGUAUGUGUAUAAAAGUAGCAGCAACUCCACUUAUCACUUAGGAUUUGGGGCUCCAUGUUUUGAUGGCUGUUUAUUUAAAGAGGAAGAUGUUCACCUUGUUGUUAGCGCCAUGACACCUUGACCUCAACUUGAAGUCACGACUGCUGCGGCCUCAGAGACACGGCCUGCGCACCUCAACGGGGUUUAACGUUUACUUGAGAAGAAGAGUUGUAGGAGGGGAGGCUUUUAAAUAUGGUUAUUAUAAAGUCUUUAUUAAAAAGGGACCCUGCAUAAAAAGCAUUCAUCUGAAACACUAAACACGUUUCAUAUUCUCCAUCACACUAACAAUUCUACCAUUUAAUUUAAAUGAAAGAAGCUCACGGCCAUCGUGCUUCAGGGCGCUCUUGUGUUGAUUAUAACAAUCACCGCAGAUGGACUGCGUCGACCGCUUUAUGUUCAUCUAUUGUGAACAUUUCAAUAAAGGUUUGCUUCAGACCUGCAGUAAUGAUAUUAUUCUUUUGCGUUUAGAGACUUUAAACGGGUCUUAAAGAAUGUGCCUGCUUGAGGUGUGACAGGCUGCGUCUGCCGCAGCGCUCUCACGGUGUCGUUGCUCUGGGAAUAAGAAACACGAGGGAUUCUCAGCUCUUUGUGGUUAUUGAAGAGGCUUCACCCCGUUCAUCACGUUUAACGAUGACAUGAUGUCAGUGGAGCUUUGCUGCCUGCUGAUCUUAUCGCCUGGUGAACUUGGAUACUGCUGCAUGUGUCUGAUGGACUGGAUCCAGAACGAGCGCCCCCCCCCCGGUACUGUAUUGAACUCGUUCUGCGUUCUGUCGUCGACAUGUUUCUCUGAGGUCCACUCGAGGAACCAGCUUGUGAUUCUUCUUGUAUUUUUCUGCUGAUGUUUAUUAACUGGAGACUGGAUUACCUACUGCAUGGUGACACUUCUAGAAGAUGCUACGGUCUUUAUAAGAAGUAUCUUUUAUCAGUAUUUUAUAAUACCCUUGUUAAUUUUAUAUAUCCACUUUACCUUGAGUUCCAGACUGUGCUGUAUGUUCUGUAGCGUGUGCUCGUCUGCGUGUUCCUUUCAGCGUGAGCUUCUCCUUUUUGUCUUUUUAUUUUUCAAUGCGUUGUUCGUUGGAUUUGUUUCUCGGUCACACUGUGGUUAUUUUAUAGCUGCAAUCUGAAAUUAUGAAUUGUUUCUUUUGUAUUUAAUGUCAACUUGUGGCAUGACUUUGAAAUAAAACAGGAAAAACUUA